AUUCGCUAACCAGCAGAGAAGUUGAAACUGCUGUAGCAGAGGCAUUAUCGAACGCAACAUGAGAGUUUACCACUUGCUGCUGAUUGGAAUCGGUUUGGUGGCCAUCGCCGGCGGUCGUGAGGCUCUGGCCCAUCCACCCAGGUCCGAUCCCGAGCCGUGUACUCCUCCUCCGGAUCCGUGCACGACAACAACAUGUCCACCACCGCCGCCUCCACCAUGCACCACAACACCAUGUCCACCACCACCGCCGCCACCGUGCACAACAACACCAUGUCCACCACCACCACCUCCCCCGUGCAUAACAACCACAUGUCCACCACCAGAGCCGCCACCGUGCAGGACAACCACAUGUCCACCACCAGAGCCGCCACCGUGCAGGACCACCACAUGUCCACCACCAGAGCCGCCACCGUGCAGGACGACCACAUGUCCGCCACCACCACCACCACCGUGCACAAGGACUCCACCACCACCACCGUGCACAAGGACUCCACCACCACGCCCCUGCACCAGGACACCACCACCACCCCCCUGCACCAGGACACCACCACCACCACCACCGUGCACCAGGACACCACCACCACCACCGUGCCACAGACCACCACCACCACCACCGUGCACCACCACUCCACCCUGCACCCCACCGUGCACCACCACUCCAUCCUGCACCACCACAACCACUUGCCCGCCACCAGUCGGUAACCCUGAUGGGGCCAACAGCGGUAACAACAACGAACCUGGAUCCGGCGAUGCACUGACUCCACAAGCCAAGGUGCUGAUCUCGCGCCACGAUUGCCGUGGCCAGGACGAUGGAGUGUUCCUCGCCGACGUGCGCCACUGUCGCCGCUACUACGUGUGCAGCCGGCAGAGGUCGAAGCGCCAGAACUGCCCCUCCGGCUUCUGGUUCGAUCGCCAGCUGAACGCCUGCCGCCUGGCCAGUCUGGUCACCAACUGUGACGCCAUGCGCAACUGAGGUGGUUAGCUGCCAGUAGGCCGAUGUGCCAGUGUGGCCAUGCGCACAUGCAACGCAAAUUGGCUUUUCAGAACUUCUUUUUUUUUCCACUAUUUCAAAGAGUAUAGCAAAGCAAGUGUGAAUUAAUUGUAAACUAUUCCAAAGCAGUAAUGAGAAAUAUUCGACCGAUCAUACAAUAAAUAAGAGUGAGCAAUCAUA